GCUCUAGCUAACAUCGACAUCGGAAGCCUGAUCUGUAAUGUAGGAGCUGGUGGAGGUGGUGCUCCGGCUGCAGCUGCUCCUGCUGGUGGUGCUGCACCUGCGGGUGGUGCUGCCCCUGCUGAGGAGAAGAAAGAAGAGGAAAAGAAAGAAGAAUCAGAGGAAUCUGAUGAUGACAUGGGCUUUGGUCUUUUUGACUAAUUAGUUUUGUACCCAUCUGUAAUAAAGAACAUUUACAUGUA